CCGGUUUAUUUUUUUUUAUCGUGUCGAACAGCAUUGUCAGGACUCAGUGAACAGAGCACGGGCAUGAAACCUGGCUGGACUACAUAGGAAAGGAAAAAGAGAUUCGAAAGAACUUUUUUUUUUUUUUUUUUUAGGACAAUCCGUGUCAGUUUCUGUGCGCCUGUGGCACGCGUGUGAAGUUUGACGCACGACGCGGGACGGCGGGGACACCAGCAGCAGCGUAGCUGAGAUUUUCUCAAUAAUGAAUGAAAAUUGAUUUCGUAUGCUACAGAUAGUAGUGUAUUAAAUAUCCAUGCAAUCGCGCACACAGACAUGGGUUUGUGUUUCUCCUGAAAGGACGUUGAUGCGCUACAAGGAUUUGUCGGGUGUAAACAAGCGCAUGACGCACUGGCAACCGAAUUGUAGAAGUUGUGUUGAUCUCUCCAGACUCCAGACUGACAAUCAUUUGUAACUUCCCUCAGCUCCUCUUAUGGCUACUUAGGCUUUCCUGUGUGAGAGUGGAACUGAAGCUGUGUAUGUGGAACACCUGCGGAUUUGGGCUGUGGGCAUCUUUACACUGAAGAAAUCGUUUAAACGUCUGUGCAUUUUAAUCCCAACCCUGGAGCACUUGAGAAUUGAUGUAUAGUUCAAGCACGAUCUGUAAGGUUUAUAUGGAAAGCGAGCACCGGUGAGGUAGAGCAAUGCGCGCCCUGCACCUCGGUGCGUGAGCAGGAGGAAGAGGAAGAGGAAGAGGAAAUUCAGGUGUCAAGAGGAGUUGCGAGAGGUUCCAGAGUUCCGCUGACCCGCUCCCUGAAGGAUGGAGAAGAUGCUGAUACACAUGUGUACCGCGUCCCUCAUCCUGCCUUUGCUUUGCAGAGUGAUGGAUGGCCGACUGUUGCUGGAGGGUCUGCCAAGAUUUGGUGCUGUGCCUACAUACCUGCCCGUGCAGUACCAGGUGCUGAAUGCAGAGCUAGCCUUCUUCCUCAAGGAGGCUAACCAGGACAUCAUGAGGAACUCCAGUCUACAGGCACGCACUGAGCUCUUCUUCAUCCAGCAAGCAAGAAGAAACCCUGUGGUCAAUGCUAGUUAUGGACCUUUCUCUGUGCAGCAGCCCAUACCCAUGGAACUCCUUGAUCCAGGGAUCUUCAACAACCCACUAACAUCUUCUUUGUCUACAUCUUCUUCAUCUUCCUCACCACUUUUCACUUUUAACUGGAAGAUUCAGACCUAUAUCAUAAGUGAGCGCAUACACCUCAGUUGGCCUAAGGUUCAGGUCUUGUUCUACAUCGUAGGCCGAGACUGGGAUGACUACAGCACCAUGGACCAUCUCCCUUGCAUCCGGAUGUUUGCUUUCCAUGAGACACAGGAGGUUCGAGGCACGUGUCGAUUGAAAGGGGAACUGGGACUUUGCGUGGCUGAAUUGGAGCCGCUGCCCAGUUGGUUCAGCCCACCUAGUGUGGUGCCUGGGAGACAAAGAGCACCUCAAACUGAAGGUACUCCUGUGGAGCUCUACUACAUGGUACAGUACACUGAAACCGGUGAAUGCAACCCGGAAAGUUCUCGUAAAAUGGCUGCUAUCCGCUCUGAGCCACAGGGGCCUGCUGGGUACUUUUCAGGGCCUACGCCUAUGCGAAGGAUCGGCAGUGUACGCCUGUUUCAGCCACUCUCUGAGCUACGCCUGGACAGGAACUUUGUGGUAAUGGUGCCUUCCAGACCAAUCAGGCAAAGAGAGACGGUGUCUGUCUUUCUGGCUGCCUCUGCUCUUUCAUCAGUGGAGAUCUUCACCCUCAGGGUGAAGCUGAAAGACGACGUGGCUUUUCUAGGAGCGAAGGUCACUAAUCCGGUGCAGUGGACCGUCAGUCAGGACGUGAGAAAUGAAGGACACAGAGUCGUCACUCUGCACUGUCGGAGAAAAGACACCAGCUACAGUCAGAGGAUGGAGUCAGGGAUUCAGAAGGUUCUGCAAGUGGAUUUGGAGGUAAAUGGCCUGGUGGAUCCUCUGGGUACUCGUUCAGUUACGUGGCAGGUGGAGUACCCCAUGAGCCGCACCUUCUCUGAAGAAAUCUCGACCCUUAUCCGACUCGCAGCUCAUGAUCUGGGAGGCAUCGUCCCUCUCGCCAUGGAGACAGAAAUCCUGAACACGGCCGUGCUCACCGGCAGGACUGUCGCCAUGCCUAUCAAAGUGGUCACCGUGGCAACGGAUGGGGCUGUGACUGAUGUGACUGAGUCUGUGGAGUGUCGAUCGACGGACGAUGAUGUUGUUAAGGUGUCUGAGAGGUGCGACUAUGUCUAUGUGAACGGGAAGGAGACGAGAGGAAGGGUGAGGAUGAUGCUGAACUUUACUUACAACUACCUGAGCACCCAGCUGGAGGUGAGUGUAUGGAUGCCUCGCCUUCCACUGCAGAUCGACAUGGCUGAUCCUGAGCUUAACCAAAUCAAGGGAUGGAGGAUCCCAGUCUCUGGGGGCAACCAGAGAUCUACAGACGAUGACGAAGUUGACAUAAACAGGCCAGAUCGGCGGUGUGGCCCACAGUACCAGAGCACCACUGUACGUGUCCUCACACACUUUGAGGCGGAGCCAGUGGAAGGGCGGGACCAGCCGGACUUUCUACUGGGCAGUGAUUGGCAGGUGGAUGUGUCAGAGUUGGUGAAGGAUUUAUUGAAAGUGGAGGAUUCACGUGUGGCCAGAAUAACAGAUGGAACAACACUGACAGGGCUGAACACUGGAACCACCAAAGUCCAGGUGAUGUCUCCCCUGUCGGAUUUGGUCCUGGCUGAGAGGUCAGUGAGAAUUGUGGAUGAUAAAGUGAGCAUUACGGAUCUGGGCGUGCAGCUGGUGUCAGGCCUCUCAUUGUCCCUGCAGCUUAGUCCAGGCAGCAACAGGGCCAUCGCAGCCACCGCCACCACCCAGGACACCAUGCACAGAACCAAACAGGAGUCCCUUGUCAGCGCUUGGUUGCACUUCAGUGAUGGUUCUGUGACUCCUCUUGACCUUUAUGACCCUGCACAUUACGUGCUGACAGCCACGUCAUUGGAUGAGCGGGUGGUCACUGUUCAGAGUGCCGUGUGGUGGAGGUCACCGGUGGUGGUGGUAAAAGGUGAAGGUCAGGGUACGCUACUGCGCGUUGAGAUGUCUGGAGCCGAUUUGUGCCAGAAAAGCAAGCGGCGUAAUGUCCUGUCUUCGGUUAGCACCAACGUUCGAAUCAAGUUUAGCCAUAAUGAUGACAAUGACAACAGAAGGCACAGACCCAGUUCCCCAUACAAUGGAGAGUCCAUUUCAGAGGCAGGGGUGGUCAACCGAGGAACCACCACUAUUAAAACAGGUGCUCCUUUAGGAGAUAAGCGUCCAGUAGGAGACAUUCCUGCAGACUUCUCAAACUUUCCAGCACAGGCCGAACCUCCUCAUGGACACACCACAGAGGAAGAGCUGCUACAAGCCCGGCGUGGCUUGACGGACCUAGAAAUAGGCAUGUAUGCCCUACUAGGAGUCUUCUGUCUGGCAAUCUUGGUGUUCCUCAUUAAUUGUGUCUCAUACGCCCUCCAGUAUCAAAAUAAACAGCUCCCGCUGGAUGCCCAGGAGAGCAUGGCACAUGCUCAUGACUGGGUGUGGUUGGGGCAGGAAGGUGAGCUAAUGGAAAACCAUGCCGGUUUGUGCCUACAGCAGGAUGAGCUCAGUGCCACUGUGGACUCCAGCCUGGGUUUAGAGGAGGCCAGCCAGCUCCUCAAUGGGCUCUUGUGCCAGAAAAGUGCACAAGGUCAGGGAGGACGGGAGCACAAGGGUGAGACGGGAAACUCGCCUACCACCAAGAGAAAACGGGUUAAAUUCACCACCUUCAGCCACUCCAAAACGGGCAGUGACUGCCUGGCUAACAGCCAACUAGGCAUGGGGAAAAAUGAUAUCCAGUGGGUUUGUCCAGACAUCAAGCUUGGGGACUCCAUAGAGCUCCGGAACUACAUGGAGAGGCUAAAUGAGAAUGCCACAAAGAAUAGCGCAUAGCACUUCAUGAUUCUAGCACUCGAUUAUGCUUUUCGGAGCAGAGUGUAGCUUCACCCAUAUGCCUUCAGGGUAAAGAGGUGGGGUGCCGACCGGCUCACAUCUCACCAUAAAAAGAUAGGCCAUUCAUCAGGUCUUGUUUCCAAGGUAACUGUCACAAGGCGUUCAUCAUUAGGCUUGAAGGGCAACAGGGAUGCUUGUGAAACUGCAGAAAACUAUACAUAUAUACAUACAUACAUACAUAUGUACAUACAUACAUACAUAUGUACAAACUCACGAUAAGAAAUGAUUUUUUUUUCUUGUAUUAAAGAUACAGUUUUGUCAUUCCAUAUUUCUUUUCAAAAAAAUAUAAUUUCCUGUGAAUAUUUAAAAUAAUUUAUGUGCACACAUAUCAAAGACUGACCCUGAAAUGAAUCCAAUAAUCAACACACUUGUAUAUAAAGUGGACAUUUGCUGGUUGGAUAAGGCGAGAACUUUUUUAAGUAAGGUUUUACAUAUUUUUAUACAUCCCUGUUCCUGUACAUGUUGUAGCCUCUUGUUGUUUUGUCCAAAGACUCGCAUACUUUGGUUUAAAGCUGACGUGAGCAACUUUGUUUCUUUAAAAGUAGCUGUCAAAAAUAGAUACUUUGAGAAAAAAGUUCUAAAACCCAGUGCAGUCCUUCUGCAAGCUUCCCUGAGGAGGCGGUCUUCACUCAGUCUUUUGUUUUGCACAUGACUGUGUGGCUCAUGUGAGGGUUUUAGAUUAGGAAAGAAGCUCAAGGAAGUGCUAGCUUGAUGGAGUAAGAGAAUCAUAAGUGAAGUACGAUUGCAGCAGAGUUGAUGGUUAAUGUAUUCCAUGUAAGCGAUGGUACACUCAGUCUCGGCGUCCAACUGUCAAUAUUGACUGACACGUAAAAAAAAAAAAACAACACAGACAUGCUGAUAUGGUGGGUGGAGCAAACUUCCUGACAUCAUCUAUACAAUCGUUCAUUUGAAACUGUCUAAACUAUGGUGCAGAUCUAACUAGCUAAAGUAUCCAUCCUUCUUGUUGUACCUACGACUAAAACUUUAUAUUUAUUUUUUGCUUUUUUACAAUUACAUCAGUUCAAUGUAAUGCUAGCUAUAUUUAAUUCCUUAUCUUACUGAGCUGACAGACCACCACACAGACAUCCUACUCAUGUUUAUCUUGAAUUUUUGGACCAAUCAGAAAGCGUAGCUGUCUGUCGUGAAAGAUUUCAAACUUCCACAUGAAAUAAAUGCACUGCUGCUCUUCUUGUUCGGAUUUUCUUACCGUCGGACAGUGCAAGUGUUUAGGAGGUAGGGAUGUAUUUGAAUUAAGUACAAUGGAGUGGACUUCGGCGGCGGCUCCGUUCGAUUAGCAAGACUUGGUACCAUCACUUAAUUACGUGUGGCUCAAUUACGUCUCAUUUGGGAUCUUCGCCACCAACAAUGUGAAUAUGUACAUAAACCAGGUGACUGUUCAGAGACUGUCACAUUGAUAGCAUGUACUGUAACUGUACGACCGGAACAACGGCAAUGACUAUCAUAGAAGCUGACCUGGAGGCAAUUACUCAAACAGCACCUGCUCGAUUGUUUUCCUUUUUCUUAUCUUCACACAAAUCCUUUUAUCAUAUUUUUUAUUUCUCCACACUAAAAAACUUGCAUAAUGAGGACGAUUACAGGUCUCUAAACACAAGGAUUCUCAAACAAAUCUAUAAUUAUUGCAGUACUAACGACCUGCAGGUACAGUAACUGGGUCUUGAAGAGUGAUUUGGAAUGUAAUCCUCAGGUAAUGCUAUGACCAUGGGUGGCGCAAAACAGACGCAGUAACAUCCAAAAGCUUAGAAAUCAUUUAACAUUCUAAUCAUUUCUCAUUGAAUUGAUUCCGAAUGACACUGUGUUUGGCCUGGUUUUAUUUUUUGCUCUUGUCUCUCUACCGAAUGUGCGGAUUAAACUUAAUUCUGUCACACAAUCUCCUGUUUGAUUUCAUCUUUGCUUCAUUUCUAUUCCAAGAGCAUUUUCAGACAGAUAGGAAACUCAGUGUUCUGUGUGUCAGUGAGAUUCGACUCAAAAUCAACCUGACUGCAGGAAGUCAAGCAAAAAAUGCAGUGUGUGCUGCAGGUUGUAGCAUUUUGCUUGUAUAGAUUUGAGCUGCAAGGUAUAAAGUCAGUCAAAGGAAAGCGUUGGAUUGCUGCAGAAACGCCAUGAGACCUGUAGAUUUGGACUUAUGAAUAAAUUGAAGACAAAUGAUUGAUGCCAUACACAUUUUUUUAUUACUAGUUAUUUAUUUAAAUGUGUGUUGUAAUUAGAAAGUUUCCCUUACACACUUAUUCAGACUCUGCAAACUGACUGAAAAAUGUGAAAGCUUCAAAUCUGUAAUUGUGAGCAUUCAUCAAAAUGGAAGUGCAAUGGAUCAGAGUGGAACUUGACUUGACUUGUCUAUUGAUUACAUAAAUUUAUGUAAAUAAAAGCAAUGUAAAGCAAUUUUGAUUUAAGAUCGCUGUUAUACUGUAUGUGAUUUUUAAUUGUGAUUAAAAGAUUGUGAAUCAGAGAGAACAUCACAGA